CUCAUCUCCCACUCAAGCCCUUGCAAGUAGCACCAAUCAGCGCCCGAUUCUCAUCUGACUCCCACAGCAAGGACCCGAGUACAAGGCCGGCGCGAGCUCGAUUCGCCGGUCGCCGCGCUGGAGCGAGCAGCCGCGCGCCCUCCAGCUCACGCGGGCCGGCGGCCGGCCAGCCGGGUAUAUGGCAGCUUGACCCUAAGCACGGUGGCAAGGUCAGAUCUGACGGCCCAAAGUAGCCGCGGCGCAAGGCGCGACCGUCAAAGUGAUAGCGUUGCCUUGCUGGCUUGUCAGCCCACCAGCCACCAAGUCGCGCUUAUCCCUGCUCCGCUCCCGCUUGGCCGCGAAUCCGCGACCAUGGCGGCGCCACCGCCACCCAUCUCCGCCCUCUGCAGCGCCUCUCCCUGUCUUGUCGCCACCCGCACCCGCCUCGCCCCUCCGGUCUUGCGGACCAGUGCCGCAGCGUGGCCACUGGUCUUGCACGGCGGCUGCCGCGGCGCACAAGGCUUCCCCGGGCCGGGGCGCUUGGUGGCUCGGCCCCCCGUGCCGUGCGCGGCGAAGCGCGGCAGCGGCCGCGGCGAGGUGGCCGCAGAAGAUGGAGAUGGCACGCGCUCGCGGCUCCAGGCGGCGCUCUGGGGCGCCGAGGCUGCCUACAUACUCUGGCUCUUCCUCCUCCCUUAUGCACCGGGUGACCCGGUGUGGGCAAUCUCCCAGGCUACCAUCAGCGACCUCAUCGGCCUCUCGCUCAACUUCUUCUUCAUCCUUCCUCUGCUCAACUCUGCUGGCGUUCAACUGCUGGAAUCGCCAGUGCUUCACCCUAUGGCAGAAGGAUUGUUUAACUUUGUGAUCGCUUGGACGCUGAUGUUUGCGCCACUGCUGUUCACGGAUUCUAGGAGGGACCGGUACCAGGGAUCGCUCGAUGUCUUGUGGGGUUUUCAGAUGUUCCUCACAAACACUUUCUUGAUUCCUUACAUGGCAAUCCGACUGAAUGCCCCGGAUACCGACCAGUCCCCGUCACCAAGGUCACAAUUGGGUUCAGUUAUGGUUAAAGGUGCACAGGUUGUGGGCACCGUCGGUGGGGCUGUCUGCAUUUUGUCCAUUGUUUGGGCUCUCUUUGGCCGUGCAGAUGCUGGUUUUGGCGACUUCGUGGAACGGUGGCAGUAUGCACAGAGCUAUGUGGUUUCGGAGCGGCUCGCUUACGCAUUCCUCUGGGACAUAUUGCUGUACUCAAUUUUCCAGCCAUGGUUGAUCGGUGACAACAUUCAGAACGUGAAGGCAGAUGCUACUGAGUUCGUGAAUGUAGUGAGGUUUAUCCCGGUUGUAGGCCUAGUUGCCUACCUCCUCUGCUUAGAGAAAGAGGACUAGCUGCUACCUGUGUUUUUGUAAAUUUUUGUGGUCAUUUAGAUAAGCAAUCGAGUGAAUCAUGUACUUGGUGGCGGCAUUUUCUGGAAGAACUUUCUUUCAGGGAUGCUUUUUGAACGAGAAUUCAUUCAGUGACACAAAUGCAAUUGAACAGGACAACUUUUUUUC